AUGAUCGAACAGGCACCACCAGCUCAACUACCGCCAACCGCAGCUCAACCCCCGCUUCCGCAAGCAGUUGGUGCAAAACAACCGGAUAUGUUUGUUAAAAUGAUUGAAGGGAACGUUAUACGAGUCGUAGUUGGAGAACAUCAAAACCGCCGAAGCUUCAUCCUUCCCGUUGCACUCCUGUGUCACUAUUCGAACUACUUCCACCAGCAAGUUUCUCAGUUGCGUCUAACUGUCUUGUCCUCGACUAGUACCAACAAGAAACGAAAGCUAUCAGAGACUACCCGUCAAGGCAAUUCAGCCGAAAGUACGGCGGAACCCGAAGAGACCAAGACGGCGAUCAAGAUCGAGUUAGACAACGACGAGGAAGAGGUAGAAGAGAAAGUGAAGAAACCAGACUGGGUCAUCCGACUCCCUGAGGUCGAUCCCACCAUCUUUUGUCUCUUCCUCCACUAUAUAUACAAGGACGCGUAUCCCGCCUCAGCCGACCUCAACACUGCUCAGGGAAUGGGUCAGCAGUACGCACCUGCGCCAGCCCCAUUGAAUGUAGUCUCGAUGGCCCAUCACCCAAAGCCUAGCCAGCCCUCCAUUGCUACCAACAAACAUCAAACCGCGUGUACACCCAACGAAGUCUCUUCCUCCUCCAGCGCUCUCAGCAUACCACCCACAGCGCACCCCAAAUCCACCACCAAGCACAUCUAUCCAGGCUUGAAACCUGCACCCGCACCCACAGCACGCGGAACACUUCCAAUCGACGCCCCCACCUCCCUCCCCCUGACCCUCCAACCCGCGUAUCACUACCCCGUCCCCCCAAGCUUCUACGCUUACCACCUCUCCCAAACCCUCAGCUCCCCCUCCUUCACUCACUACACCCUCGGCCGCAUCCGCUGGUCCCUCGGCCGCCACUUCCCCCUCACCCCCUCCAUCGCAAAGUACGUGUGGUCCCAAUUCCCAGCCCGCUCCGAUUUACGCGUCUACGUCUUGCAGUUCCUGAUUGCCCACUGGGCGCAUCCGCAUCCCCGCCUGUAUGGCCAGAGUAUUCUGAGAGAUGGGCCGGGCUGGGAUAGGUUGUUUGAUGAGGAGAGGGAGUUGAGGAGUGAGUUCAUCUCCGGGAUGCAGGGGCGCGGGGUUGAGGGGGGCUUGGAGGGGGGCUUGAGAGGGUAA